AGAGGUGCCAGCAGCGCGGUGUCAGCGGGGAGCUGCCGCCUCCCCUCCGCCCGCCGGGGCCAUGGAAGCCAAUCCGUCCCUGCUGGACACCGUCGGGGUGGGGGACCUGGUCCUGCUGGACCCCCUGUCGGAGGAGUCGCUGCUGCAGAACCUCAAGGAGCGGUUCCGGCACCAGGAGAUUUACACGUACAUCGGGAACGUGGUGAUCUCGGUGAACCCGUACCAGCCCCUGCCCAUCUACUCCCCGCAGACGGUGGAGGGUUAUCGCAACUCCAACUUCUUCGCCGUCAAGCCGCACAUCUACGCGAUCGCUGACGAUGCCUAUCGCUCCCUGCGGGACCGUGACAAGGACCAGUGCAUCCUGAUCACAGGCGAGAGCGGCGCGGGCAAGACGGAGGCCAGCAAGCAGGUGAUGUCCUACGUGGCUGCCGUGUGCGGCAAGGGUGAGGAGGUGAACCAGGUGAAGGAGCAGCUGCUGCAGUCCAACCCGGUGCUGGAAGCCUUCGGUAACGCCAAGACCAUCCGCAAUGACAAUUCCUCCAGAUUCGGCAAGUACAUGGACGUGGAGUUUGACUUCAAGGGCCAGCCCCUGGGCGGCGUCAUCAGCAACUACCUGCUGGAGAAAUCCCGCGUCGUGAGACACGUCAAAGGGGAGAGGAAGUUCCACAUCUUCUACCAGCUCCUGGCCGGGGGAUCAGACCAGCUCCUGAGGGGGCUGACGCUGGAGCGGGACUGCAGACGCUACGGAUACCUCGGCCGCGAGGACCCCAGCCUGCCGGGCGUGGACGACGCGGCCAACUUCCGAGCUGUUCAGGAGGCCAUGAGGGUCAUCGGCUUCUCGCCGGCCGAGGUGCAGGCGCUGCUGGAGGUGGCUGCCGUGGUGCUCAAGCUGGGGAAUGUGGAGCUGGGCAGCCAGUUCCAGGCCAGCGGGAUGGAGUCCUGCAGCAUCCAGGACACACGAGCCGUGCGGGAGAUCUGCAAGCUGAUCGGCCUGCCGGAGAGCGUCCUGGAGAAGGCUCUGUGCUCCCGCACCGUGGAGGCCAAGAGAGAGAAGGUGGUGACGGGUCUGAGCGUGGCCCAGGGCUGCUACGGGCGGGACGCCCUGGCCAAGAACAUCUACAGCCGCCUCUUCGACUGGCUGGUGAACCGCAUCAACGCCAGCAUCAAGGUGGACACGAGCGAGCGGAGGAAGGUGAUGGGAGUUCUGGACAUUUACGGCUUCGAGAUUUUCCAGAACAACAGCUUCGAACAGUUCGUCAUCAACUACUGCAACGAGAAGCUGCAGCAGGUCUUCAUCCUGAUGACGCUGAAGGAGGAGCAGGAGGAAUACGUGCGGGAGGGCAUCCAGUGGACACCGGUGGACUUUUUUGACAACAGCAUCAUCUGCAGCUUGAUUGAGGACGGCAAGGCCGGGAUCCUGGCCAUGCUGGACGAGGAAUGCCUGCGCCCCGGGGUGGUGACCGAGGAGACCUUCCUGGCCAAGCUGAACCAGGUGUGCGCCAGCCACAAGCACUACGAGAGCAGAGCCACGCAGAACGCCCGGCACGUCACGGACGCCAGCCUGGCCGGCCCCUGCUUCCGCGUCCACCAUUACGCCGGCAAGGUGACCUACAACGUGACGGGGUUCGUGGAGAAGAACAACGACCUGCUCUUCCGCGACCUCUCGCAGGCCAUGUGGAAAGCGCGGCACGAGCUGCUGCGCUCCCUCUUCCCUGAGGGGGACCCCCAGAAAGCCUCCCUGCGGCGCCCCCCCACCGCCGGCUCCCAGUUCAAGGCCUCCAUUGCCACGCUCAUGAAGAACCUGUACUCCAAGAACCCCAACUACAUCAGGUGCAUCAAACCCAAUGACAACAAAGAGCCCGGCGUGUUCACGGAGGGGCUGGUGCAGAUGCAGGUCCGGUACCUGGGGCUCCUGGAGAACGUGCGGGUGCGGCGGGCCGGCUACGCCUACCGGCAGGGCUACGAGCCGUGCCUGGAGCGCUACAAGAUGCUCUGCAAGCAGACCUGGCCCAAGUGGAAGGGGGGUGCCAGGGACGGCGUCCAGGCCCUGCUGACCGAGCUGCGCAUCCCCCCGGCGGAGCUGGCAUACGGGCGCAGCAAGAUCUUCAUCCGCACCCCCCGCACCCUCUUCGACCUGGAGGACCGGCGCCGGCUGCGCCUGGCUGAUCUGGCGUCGCUGAUCCAGGCCACCUACCGCGGCUGGAGGUGCCGCACUCACUACCAGCAGAUGCGCAAGAGCCAGAUCGUCAUCUCGGCCUGGUUCCGGGGACAGGCGCAAAGGAAGCGGUUCGAGCAGAUGAAGAGGUCGGUGCUGCUGAUCCAGACCUGGGUCCGGGGAUGGAAGUCUCGCAGGCUCCUGCGGGAGCUGAAGCACCAGCAACGCUGCAGCCAGGCCGCGGCCACCAUUUCUGCCUACUGGAAAGGGUACAAGACGCGGAAGGAAUACAAGAAAUAUUUCCGCUCCGGGGCGUCUGCCACCCUGGCCAAUUUCAUCUACAGGAGACUGCUGCAGAAGUUUUUCCUGGGGCUGCGAAGCAACCUCCCCCCCCUGGUGGUGACGGAUCGCAGCUGGCCCCCCGCCCCCUACAAGUUCCUGGCAAACACCAACGAGGAACUGAAGAAAAUAUUCUACCCCUGGAAGUGUAAGAAGUACCGGGACCGGCUGACUCCGCAGAGGAAAGCUCUCCUGCAGGACAAGCUGUGUGCCAGCCAGCUCUUCAAAGACAAGAAGACCCUGUAUGCCAAGAGCCUCCAGCAGUCGUUCCAGGGCGAGUACCUGGGUCUCCAGAAGAACCCCAGGUACCGGGCGCUCCAAACCGCGGCCGAGGGGAAGCUGGUCCUGGCCGACACCGUGCGAAAAGUCAACCGGGCCAAUGGCAAGGCGGUUCCCCGGCUCUUCCUGCUCACCAAGAAUCACAUCAUCCUGGCCGACCCCAAGGCCGCCCAGCCCAAAACCGUGAUCAGCCUGAGCGACAUCCGGAGCGUCUCGGUCACCCGCUUCUCCGACGGCUUCUUCGUCCUGCACCUCAAUGAGACCUCCACAGUGGGAGCCAAGGGCGACUUCCUCCUCGUCAGCGACCACCUGAUCGAGCUCGUCACCAAGCUCCACCAGACGCUGCUGGAGACCACGGCCAAGACACUCAACCUCCAAGUGGCUGAUGAGUUCUCCACACAGUUCGGCAAAGCCAGCGUCGCCAUCCGGGUCGUGGAGACGGCCGAGAAGAACGGGGCGGCGCCCGUCUGCAAAAAGAGAGGCAGCCACAAGAUGGAGGUCCUGGUCCACUGAGGCACCAGGACGCCUGCCGUCCCACGGGGCGGGGUUGGCUGGGAAGCCGCGGUGCCAGCAGCUGAGAACCUGGCGCUCGAGGCCCCGUGGCAGGGUGCGAUCCCGCUCGGCUGGGGGCACGGACCUUUCUCCUUCCGCUCUGAUCCCUGCCAGUCUCUCGGCAAAGCCAGGCAGCCUGAGGCCAGGGUCGUGCCAGGCUGGUGAGAGCCCUUCCCUUGCCGUGCCGGGGCGAGGGGGGGUCUUCGCUCGAGGCCGGCUCCCUGCUGGAGAUCGGUGCAAAUAACAUUAAAUAUCGGAGCAAGUC